UAUUUAAUAAAAGUAUGUUUGGUGAGUGUUUUUAGAAGACGUUAUUGGACGAGUUGCAAGAGUUUAGGUCUGAAAACGGGAAGAAAAGAUUAAUACUUUGGUCGGAACAGAUGACCGGGAAGCUAAAUCCUAGUUUUAGCCGCUUUAGUGCUGCGUGCUUGAUUUCAGAUGCUGCUCUUUGUGCUCCUCGUCUCUCUUUAUACCCGGUGUCCCAAAAUGCUUCUCGGACUUAACCUAGUUCGGCUGGGCCGAAGAUGGUUUGGGCGAGAUGCUAUGGCCGAGGUGUCUUCUUUUUCCUGAGUUGGACCGGGAAUCAAUAUCUAUUGGACCUUGACAGGGGAGUCUAACUCUCCUCCAACAUCAUCUGCUAAGAAAUACCGUCUGAUUCAUCUCAAGUACAGCAAUUCUCCUUAUGGAAGCAGUGUCUUGUACAGUCUACCUGAAUCAAACACUCACUGGCACCAUUCUGCAAUAAAACCCAAGCCUGGUGAAAUUCAAACUUUGUCAUGGCUACUUCUGGUAUGGGACUUUUCGUGUUUGAUACUGUUAAAGAAGAGACCUUGCAACAGCAAAAAAAAUCUGGUAUGGCCAAUUAACCUUAUGCUGUGUUAAAGACGAAAAUCUACAAAACUACGGCUCUUCUGAAUUCUCUUAUUGUUUGCUUUCUUCUUACUGGACUUGAGUUUCUACAUAAAUGUCACAGGUUUCUGGUUAGUCAGAUGAUUUGUAGGUUAAUAAGAUCCGAUGAAGUCAAAGAUAUGACCAGGAUGGCCUAGUGAGUAGUGAGAGAGAUGCAUCAAAAAGCAAGUAGGCAAGUCGCACCAUAAUCUCAUAAUUAGGUAGAUCAAUUAUAUUGGAGUGUACAAUAAUAACAAAAUCUUCAAAUAGACAUGAACGACAAUGACGCAUGUUUUAUGAAUAGACAGACAAUAGUUCUGGUAAGCAUAUGUCAUCCAACCUAACCUGUCUGUAAGAACAAAACAGGCAAUCAGAUAACUACAUGACAACUUGUGGACUAACACAAGAAAUAUGAGAGAUGCAAUUUCUUCAGGCACAGAGAAAAAAUAUUCCUGAUUUAGGUGUUAGUUUAUUUGUUUUGAUAUCCCAUAAGUGAAUCUCCACCUAACCCUUAAAUAUAUUUGUUUUUGUUUAAAUGAAGGCAACUAAAACAUGAUUAAUUUCUUGUAAUCAAAUCUGGAUCUCCUCCUAGUCUUCUUGUUCCUCAGCUUUUUCCUAGCUAUCUUCUUCUACCUCUUUUUUGCGUUUUGACAAUAAUCUUCGGGCCAUGUCUGAUUAUGCCAAAGACGCAUGGCGGAAGUAUCUGAUUCAGCUCCAAGCUCACCCUUUACGAACCAAGGCGAUCACAGCUGGAGUUUUGGCAGGUUGCAGUGAUGCCAUAGCUCAGAAGAUCGCUGGAGUUAAAAAGAUUCAGUUCCGUAGAUUGCUUCUCCUUAUGUUGUAUGGGUUAUGUUAUGGUGGGCCAUUUGCUCACUACUUCCACAAAUUGAUGGAUGCUCUUUUCAAAGGCAAGAAGGACAACACAACUGUAGCCAAAAAGGUUUUGCUGGAACAACUUACAUCCUCUCCUUGGAACAACUUUCUUUUCAUGUCUUACUAUGGUUUAGUAGUUGAAGGGAGGCCAUGGAAGCUAGUGAAGCAUAAAGUUGGGAAAGACUUCUCUACCAUACAGUUUACAGCCUGGAAGUUCUGGCCUAUUGUGGGAUGGAUUAAUUAUCAGUAUGUACCUCUGCAAUUCCGCGUCUUGUUCGGGAGCUUCAUCGCCUCCUGCUGGAGCAUUUUCUUGAACCUGAAAGCGCGAUCUGCAGUGAUCAAGAACGCAUAGAAACCUUAAUCUGGAAGAACACAAGCAUAAUCUUCUACACCCAUUUUACCAGAACCUUUGGUCCAUGGAUAUCGCUCUAAGAAGCAAUUUUACCAAUGCAUUUCAAGGAUGUUGCCCUCAUCACAGAAUGGUGCGCAGCAAUGCAAUACAGAUCAAGGCUCUAGAGGAAAACUACAGAUGUGACAUCACUGGUCUUCCUCCUGGAAAGAAAGCUAUUAGUAGAAAACUUAAAUUCAAUUCUGAUGGAAUACUUGGGCGCCACAAAACUCGUUUAGUUGUUCGUUGAAAUCACCGGAAAGAAGGUACAUAUCUCAGUGAAACAUUAGCUUCAGUUGCUAAAAGAUCACCAAUGUGCAUACCACUA